GGCUUUUUGCAGCCUGCCAGACCUCCCUCAGGAAGGAGGAAAAGGCACUGGGGGAAAAGACACACAGGCUCUUUCAGGACAGCUGAGCUUCAGUCUUCCUGGUACUGGCUACAUCCUGAUUCCUUCAGUAUGGUGGGCUUCAAUAGCAAUGAAUCCAGUGCCACAUAUUUCAUCUUAAUAGGCCUUCCAGGAUUGGAAGAGGUUCAGUUUUGGCUGGCUUUCCCUUUGUGUUCCCUCUACCUUAUUGCUGUGCUAGGUAACUUGACAAUCAUCUACAUUGUGAGGACAGAGCACAGCCUGCAUGAGCCCAUGUAUAUCUUUCUUUGCAUGCUUUCUGGCCUAGACAUCCUCAUUUCCACCUCAUCCAUGCCAAAAAUGAUGGCCAUCUUUUGGUUCAAUUCCACUACCAUCCAGUUUGAUGCUUGUCUGGUACAGAUGUUUGCCAUCCAUUCCUUGUCUGGCAUGGAGUCCACAGUGCUGCUGGCCAUGGCCUUUGACCGCUAUGUGGCCAUUUGCCAUCCUCUACGGCAUGCCACUGUGCUGACAUUGCCUCGUGUUGCCAAGAUUGGCAUGGCUGCUGUGGUCAGGGGUGCAGUACUAAUGGCACCCUUACCUGUCUUCAUCAAAAGGUUGCCUUUCUGUCGUUCCAACAUCCUUUCUCAUUCCUACUGCCUACACCAAGAUGUCAUGAAGCUGGCCUGUGCUGACAUCCGUGUCAAUAUCAUUUAUGGACUCAUUGUCAUCAUCUCAGCCAUUGGUUUGGACUCACUUCUCAUUUCCUUCUCAUAUUUGCUCAUCCUCAAGACUGUGUUGGGCUUGACACGUGAAGCCCAGGCAAAAGCGUUUGGCACUUGUGUUUCACAUGUGUGUGCUGUUUUCAUCUUCUAUGUGCCUUUCAUUGGAUUGUCGAUGGUGCACCGUUUCAGCAAGAGGCGUGACUCUCUCCUGCCUGUCAUUAUGGCUAACAUCUAUCUGCUAGUUCCUCCUGUGCUCAACCCCAUUGUCUAUGGAGUAAAGACAAAGGAGAUCCGGCAGCGCAUUCUUCGUCUUUUCCUCGUGACCACACACACUUCAGAUCACUAGGAAAUCAUGAUGAAACCUUCCUCCAUUCAAAGUUCUGUAACUCACACUUUAGUAUGAUAUCUUGGAAGACAGUAUUAAGAAAAUAAAUCUUAAUAAAAAUAUAGCUCAGAUCUUUCAAGGAUGAAACUUGCUGUGGAAAUUCUACGUGGAAUGGAAGAACACCUGCAAUCUCCAUUUUCUAAUAUUACAUUCAUUCUUUUGUUUUUUUCUCUAGAUAAUUAUUAAGAUCAAGACUUGUGUUUUGAAAGUUAUUUCUCACAAUUUUAUCACUACUUCCAAAUUUCAAUUCAUUUCACUGAUGAUCGUUCACAGCAUUUGGAGAUGGAGCAACACAUCCAAAAUGUUCAUCAAAGGCAUAACAAAAGAAAAAUAAACACAAAACUAUAAUAAAAUGAUAUUAUCUAAUUUAAAACCUCAUUUCCUCAUCAGAAUUCACAAUGACUUUGGAUUUCUGAGAAGUUAGAAUUGGAUUCCUUAUUCAAAACAAUCUCCAAAGAAAUAUUGGUUUUCUUCUGGGUCCCAGGUUGGAACAAAUACACUUGCCUACAUUGUGAGAUGACACACAUUGUUAUGACGGUUGUCAUAGCCAUGAAGACACUUUUACUUAUUUAAGUUUAUCAACUUUUUAUUGGUAUCCUGAUUGCACCAAUGUGGAAAUUGAUAUUUCAUGGGAAAUCAGUGAAUUAUAUUCGACUACAGAAGCUUAAAAAUAGGAGAAAAAAAAAGAGGAUUUUUCAUGUUGAAUCCUAUGCUAUGUAGAAUUGUUAGACAGACUGGCAGAAUGCUGAGUUGUGAAUUUCCAGAAUCUUACACUGUUUUUGAAGAAGGCAUUUGGUCAUUUAUUUCCACCUACCUAAUGCUGUUUUGAGUAAUUUUCUAUCAGUAGAACUCAUGGCUUUAAUCAUUCAAUAAACAUUGCUCCUGCCUAGCUUAAUCAUUACAGUGUCUGCACAAUGGAAACUGGAGUGUUCCCAAGUAGGUUUAUUUGAGAAACAGUGUGGUUUCUGUGGAAAAGCUGCAGAUUCCGUGGGUAUCUGAGGUGUGACUUAGGAGAAGCAUUUGAGAAUAUCCAGGAGCUUGUUGUAUAAAGAGAGGGCUAGUCACCAGAGUAGAGAGUCAAAAGGAAGAGACAAGAGACUGAGUAGGCUAAAUGAGACUGACCAGGAAGUAAGACUAGGGAAAAGGUGGGUCCAUACAAAAUGAGGAGCACACACACAAGCAAGAACCACAGAUACCCAGAGCCUUAAGCUAUGCUGCAAUGAGGGAAAUAAUGACUGCAUUCCUGCCUGAUGUACUUACCAUGAAUAUAGCUGAGAGUCCUACCUAGGAAUCCUAUUAUCUAGCCACGGCAUUUACAGGAGUGGGCGGGGCAUUGUAGGAGCAUAGUAGAAGUAGAUUGUUCGGGGAUUGGAAUUAUCAUCCACUGAAAAGUCAUAUUCAGAUCCAGGGUGUGGCUGGUGAGUAUGAGAGGCAGGCAGCAAAGAGGGGGCAGGGUUGAAUUUCUUGUACAUGGCCGGCACAGAGACCCACUUGCAUAUUCAACUUCUUGGACUAUACUCCAGAAUAUAAGAACUGUGUGUAUGAUAAAAUUGACUAGGCCAAGGUGAGGGUGGCCAAAGGAAAUAGUAUGAAAUGUACUCAAUGCAAGAUUGGGUCACUUUGAACUGAGGAGAGGAGGGUGGAUAGUCAUUCAUUGCCCAGGAGUGCUCUGACAUCGCAGUUGAGAGAAAGACAUGCUCUUAUUUGCAAAGUGAAAUGUGAUCACUGUAAUCAAAAAUCACAGAUAUUCUGAAAAUGUAAAAGAAGUUAAAACAUAAUAAAGAUCUUUAUUCUGUUAAUC